AUGGACAUCCGUAACAGAAACUCGAUACAAGCCGUGAAACUAAAUCCGCCACAGGAACAGGCGAAACCUCUCAAGCGCGAACGCAGUAGGCUAUUGGGGAGAUCAACUAGUCGAGAUGGCCUUUCUGUGCUAUUUUCAGCCAUUUGUAUAGUAGAUGUAUUCGGGGUGUUUCCUCUCAUCACAUUACCUAAAACCAUCAUCGAUUGCGGAUUUUACGGAAUUUUUGUCAUUGUUCUGGUGUGUUCCGUCCAAAUGUAUACAGCGAUAUUAUUGGGGAAAUGUUGGAAAAUGGCGGAACAGAUUUGUCCCAACAUUAACCGAGGCAAUCGAUAUCCUUAUUCCGCGUUGGCUGAACUAGCUUUCGGGAAGCAUUCAUCCCGUUACGUCACUGUUCUGGUGGACCUUACGGUAUUUAGCGGCGGUAUUCCCAACCUCAUUGUAGCCUCGCAAAAUCUCCAACUGUUGGGACAGCGAUUGACAGAAGGCACUUUCGAUGUUUCCUUUUGUUACUGGAUACUAGUCCUGGGUACAUUGCUAUGCCCCGUUUUGUGGAUCGGAAGCCCCAAAGACAUGAAGGUUCUUUGUACCGUAUCCGUUCUGAUCGUAUCCACGGUGUUCCUGCUCAUAUGCGGUUGCCUGCUUCUCACCCCUGGCGCAUCCAACCCGGAAACUCCCGCAAGUUUCGAGACGAACUUACCAUUAUGGCAGACGCUUCUGUUAGCAUACGGCAUAGUUGCGUUCCAGUUUGAUGUCCAUCCCACGGUUUUAACAAUUCAGAUGGACAUGUAUGACAAAUCGAAACUGCACCUCGCUGUUACGUGGGCAUUUCUUGCUUCGUUGUCAAUGUUCGGUGUGAUCGCCGCCAUUACAGUCGCUAAGUUUGGCACAACGACUCAGCCAAGUAUUCUGGAAACUUUAACCAGCUCUGCACCUCUGCAUCUAGCUGCCGGGCUCGUAGCCCUACAGCUGUGUCUUACUUCCGCGGUUAGUAAUAGCGCCCUCUAUCAACACAUGGAGGACUGCUUAAACAUAUCACCAGAAUUCAACUACAAGAGGUGCGUUUUGAGGACCAUCUUGACGAUUUUCGCCAUAGUAAUAGCAGAAUCCGUGCCCAGAUUUGAUCUGGUCAUGUCCUUAAUUGGCGGCACUCUGACCGGGCCGUUGGUGUUCAUACUGCCUCCCGUGUUUUACAUAAAAAUUCUUCACUUGCAUAAAAACCACGAAGACGCACUGGUUUCAGCAUCGUUCACCAACGUAGUGCUAUCGGAAGAGUCUGAGGAGGAGACCUCGUUGAAUUUGGCGAAGUACUACGAGCACAAAUUCAGAGAAGAAUUCAAGUCCACCUUUGAUAUCAGCGACAUUAAAUGCAUCGACAAAAAUUUCGAGAUUAUUGUUUGCGUUAUCGUUAUACUCGGUAGCUUUAUAGCUACUUUAAUAACGACUUUUCUGAAUUUUAAAAACGCUGCUGCCUCAUAUAGUAAUUUUACGAGACCCUGCAUUUACAACAUAUCGAACGCGCUGCUGUAUUUGUAA